UAAGUUUAUGUAGAAUACAUUUAAUAUAUUUAUGUAGAAUACAUGCAAUGGAUUCCUAUUCUACGGAUUACUAUGAUAUCAGCUACCCAGGUCUGAAAUUACAGUUACAUCUAACAAGAGAGAUAGGAUACCAUAUUGUUCAGACCUAUAUACCCUCUACUCUGUUUCUGGUUCUGGGAUGGAUGGGACUGUUCAUAAAUCCUGACUCAAUACCUGGCAGGGUUGGGAUGGGAACUACAACUCUGAGUGCUCACACAAACUGCUAUGUUUAGCAG